AUGGAUUGUUUGGUGAUGCCAGUUUCAUUAAUUCGUCGAAGAUCCACCACAGGUUCAAGGUUUGGUUAUAAGCAACUAACCAAUGAUGGGUUGUUGGAUCAUCAAGAUUCCGACAACCGCGUCACGGUGGUCGUCGGAAAAAACAAGAAAGUGUUCCUUGUAGACCCUAAUAUAUUACAAGAAAAUCCAUUUCAGGUUUUGAUGAAUAUCUCUAUGAAGAAGGAUCCAACAAAGACAGAGAAAGAUAAUUUCCAUUUCACAUCAACUCAUGAUCAUGAUCAUGAGAGAGUUAUCUUUGUGGAUGUUGAUGAUAUUUUGUUUGAGCACAUGUUAUGGCUUAUGAACAAUGAUACAUCUUCUUUGUUUCAGCUUAAUUUGAAGGAUAUUGUUGAUUUCUAUAUGUAA